AUGUUUUUUUUUAAUAAAAAUUUUAGUUCUUUGGUUGUAAUAACAAUUCUUUUUCUUGUUUUAUUUACAUUCAAAGAUUUUCACUUUUCAGACAAAUUUCCUCAAAAAAAUGAAAAGCAAAGACUUUUGUUUGAGAAUUUAAGAAGAAUUUUUUCAGAAAAGUUAGAUAUUUAUGAUAGUAGAAAUGUUAAUAUCCCGACAUUCGUUGAACUUAAGUUGAAAAAUAAUAAUGAUAAAGAAAUAAAGAAAAUAAAUAACCAAAAUAGAAAAAAUGAGGACUAUAUAAAAAAAUGCGAAGAUGAAAGUAGAAAUUUUUUAAAAAAUAUUUAUAUAAAGAUAAAAAAAAUUUUUGGGGGAGAAUCAUUUGAUAAAUAUGAUUGUAUAAAUUCUGUAAAAUAUAAGAAAUUCAAUGAAAAUUUGAAGUAUAUUAUGGAAAACAAUGCAGCAAUUGAAAGAACACCAAUCUGCUUAAUUGACACAGGUAUUGAUACUAAAGACAAUUUAAUCAAACAUUUUUUAAAUUCUGAAAACGAAAAUAAAAAUUAUGAGUAUUAUUCAUCUAAUUUUAAAACUCAGAAAGAUGAUCAAUAUGGUAUUAAUACGGAAAAUUGUAAUGAACAUAAUUAUUCAUAUUGUGAAUCUUCAAAUUUAGAAGAUAUCAAUAACCAUGGAACGUUUGUCGCUAAUACAAUAAUUCAAAGUGAUUUAUUAAAAGAAAAAAAGGUAUUUAAGAAAAGUACCAGGUUAGUAAUAUGUAAAGCAUUUGGAAAUAAGGCAAGUUCCCAUUUAACCCCAUUAAUUAAAUGUUUAGAAUACUGUAAAAUGAAAAAUGUAAAAAUAAUUCAUGUAAGUUAUAAUAUUUAUGAAAAGAAUGAAAAAUUAAUUAGGGUUAUGGAUGACUUAAAGAAAUCUCAAAUAAUAAUAGUAUCCCCUUCACAACAUAUAUAUAAUGCAAACAAAGAAAGGAAAAACGAUGAUGAUGAAUAUAGAAAAGCGAAAUUUUAUCCAUCAUCUUUUUCUGAAAAUUAUGAAAAUGUUUUUUCUAUUGGAGCUUUAGAAUAUUCGCAUCUAUCUCAUAGUGAUAAAAUAAAUAUAAAAUUAUUAAAUAAAGACGAUAAAGAAAUAUUAAAUAGGGAUAAUACGACUCUAUUUAAUUUUACAUAUAGAACUUAUUUAUCUGAAAAAAAAGAUUCUGAUAUAGAAUAUUCUCCUAAUUACGCUUCUGCAUCUUUUGUAAAUACAUUAAUAGUUAUUCUAAAUAUAAAUCCCAAAUUAUCUUUAAGUAAAAUAAGAAAAAUUUUAAAAAAAUCAGUAGUCGUUGAAAAAGAGCUAAAAAAGUUAUCAGAAUGGGGAGGUUAUAUUGACGUAUUCAGAGUAAUUGAUAGAUCAUUAAAAGAUAGAAAAAAGUUUUAUAAAUUACUUUAUAUGGAAUUAAAUAAUGAAGAACAACAAAAGUUAAGUAAUAUAGACUCAAAAAAUGCUUCCGUCACUGGACUACACUCAAAUACACUCCACAACCAAGCUAAUAACCAAAGGGGUUUAGAUAAAAUUGGAAAAAAUACUAAUAAUGAUUUUAUAGAAUUUAAAAGAAAUCAAUAUAUGAAAAAAGAAAAAGAGAAACAAUAUUAUAAUAAUCAUCAUGAUAAUUCACUAUUACUAUCGAAUAAUAGGGAUAAUGAUGUUCAGAGCUUAUUAGGCAACAUAAACAGAGACAUUCCACGAAAAAGAGAAAAUACAAACUCUCUAGAUAUUGAAAAGACAAUGAUGGACCAUGAAGUGAAUAUCCUUUCAAAAGAUUUAAAAGACUCACAAGAGGGAAUAACUUUUGAUAAUAACGAAAUAUUUAAUGGCAAUAAAAAUUUUUACAACUCUGAAGAAGAUAAAUAUAACUUAAACAAAACAUAUCCUUAUGAUGAAAAUGUUGCCAAUUCUGAUAAUCUAUAUGGUUCCCCUUCUUAUGUUAGUUUUUUGCAGAGACCAUUAAGUGAUGAAAUGCUACCAAGACAUGAAGAACAUAGUAAGUAUCAAACUUAUGGAGAUGACUAUUAUAAUUUUGGCAAUAGUAGUAAUUAUGAAAAUGAAUAUAAGAAUUCUAAUUAUGGCAUAAAUAGAUUGGAUGAAGAUUACAGUUAUGAAAAUGAGAAAAGAUUCAAUAGAAGCGCUCCAUAUGAUUUCAAUAAAGAUAUUGACUAUAUAAAUAAUACAAAUAAUUAUAAUUAUAGGGAUGACAAAUUAUCCUUAUUAAAUCAAAAUCAUAAUUCAUCAGAAGAAUUAUAUACAUUGAAAAAUAGUCAUUCACCAUAUUUAGAAGAAUCAAGAAAUUAUACAAUGCCACAACCCUAUGAAAUGCAAAUUGAUGAACCCAGUAACAUACAUAUAAAGAGAGACAAACUAAUAAAUAAAGAACGUAAAAGUAAUUCAAGGUAUUCAAAAAAUUCAAAGAAAUUAAAAAAGAGAAAACAAAGAGGAAAAAAACCACUAUCAAAAAGAAAUAAAUCAGGGGUAAGAAAUUUAUCAAAAAAAACUCAACGAAAUAGAAAAAGAUCCAAAAUAAUGAAAAAAAGAGGAAAAAAAAUAGACAAAAAUCAACGAAAUAAAGAAAGAUCCAAAAUAAUGAAAAAAAGAGGAAAACAGAUAAAAAAAAAUCAAAGGAAAUUUAUAUCAAAAAAAAGUAAACCAAAACAAAAAAGAUUAUUAAAAAAUUUGAAAAGAAAAAGAAAAUUAUCCAGAAGAAUACCACUAAAGAAAAGAAGUUCAUUAAAAACUCAAAGAAAAAGACAACCUAAAGCAGCAUCAAAGAUAAUAAAAAACACAAGAGGAUUACCAAAAAAGAAAGUACUCAUAAAAAAAAAAGCAUUUGUAAAAAAACAAAGAAAAAUUUACAAUAAAAGAUAA